CCUCACUCUGCUCUGACUUUUCCCAGUGUGGCCAAUUCCAGCGCCGCGACGGCCUUGCGGGGGGGAGGGGUUAUUCGCCGAAAGGGGCGUGGCAGCGCCUAGCACGCUAGGCUGUGUGUGGUUUGUGUUGGUAAGGUAGUCUGUGACGUCGCUGGUGCUGCAGUGAUGGAGAGAGGGGGGAGCAGCCGGUGACCCGGGGAAAGGGGUGGCGCGGCUCGGGACCAGGACCGGCGGCGUGUAACGGCUUAGCUGCCUGACAGCGAUAUGGAUGGACACCAGCUCACAGCUACGGGUGGGUAGAGGUGACCUGGGCGCCCCGUCUGUGUUAGAGAGAUAGUUCAACCUCGGCUGUGUGCGGGGCUGUUAUAUGGCAUGUCAUCGGCGCUGGGCUCCGGGCACCACUGAGCCUCUGGGUAAAUGGGAGUCACCUAUGGGAGGCAGAAGAUCUCCGGGGACCUGAGUCGUGCUUAGCAGCUCCAGCACCGAGUGCCAUGAGUGGGGGAGUGGAGCAACCGGAUAUCCUCAGUGUGGGAGUUCUGGUUAAGGAAAGAUGGAAAGUGUUAAGAAAAAUUGGUGGUGGAGGCUUUGGGGAGAUCUACGAUGCGCUGGACCUGUUGACAAGGGAGAAUGUGGCUCUCAAAGUAGAAUCUGCGCAGCAGCCAAAGCAGGUUCUGAAAAUGGAAGUGGCUGUUCUGAAGAAGCUGCAAGGUAAAGAUCACGUAUGCCGCUUCAUAGGAUGUGGGAGGAAUGAUCGGUUCAAUUACGUCGUCAUGCAAUUACAGGGGCGAAACCUGGCAGAUCUCCGUCGUAGCCAAUCCAGAGGCACUUUCUCCAUCAGCACCAUGCUGCGGCUGGGGCGCCAAAUCCUCGAGUCUAUUGAGAGCAUCCAUUCCGUGGGGUUCUUACACCGCGACAUCAAACCAUCCAACUUUGCAAUGGGUCGUUUCCCCAGUACUUGUCGGAAGUGUUUUAUGCUUGACUUCGGGCUGGCGAGGCAGUUUACAAACUCCUGUGGAGAUGUGCGGCCACCCCGUGCUGUAGCUGGAUUUCGUGGAACAGUAAGGUACGCUUCUGUCAACGCGCACAGGAACAGGGAGAUGGGCCGACAUGACGAUCUAUGGUCCCUUUUCUACAUGCUGGUUGAGUUUGUGGUUGGACAGCUUCCAUGGAGGAAGAUAAAAGAUAAGGAACAAGUUGGUUCCAUUAAGGAACGAUAUGAACAUCGGCUUAUGUUGAAACAUCUUCCUCCAGAGUUCCAUGUGUUUCUUGACCACAUAAGUGGCUUGGACUACUUAACAAAGCCAGAUUAUCCGCUUCUUAUAUCCGUCUUUGAUAACAGCAUGAAGACCUACGGCGUGGUGGACAGUGAUCCCUUUGACUGGGAGAAGAGUGGCAUGGACGGCUCAUUAACUACCACAACAACAUCCACUACCCCUCAGCUUCACACUCGCCUGACUCCUGCUGCUAUUGGAAUUGCAAAUGCCACGCCUAUACCUGGAGACUUGCUGCGUGAGAACACAGAUGAAGUCUUUCCCGAUGAGCAACUUAGUGAUGGGGAGAAUGGGAUCCCAAUUAUGGUUUCUCCUGAGAAGAUACCGGGAUCACCUAGUCAUCCGCAUCCUCAGGAGAAAGAUGUUUGGGAAGAGAUGGAUGCCAACAGGAAUAAAAUUAAAAUGGGAAUGUGCAAGGCCGCCACAGAAGAAGAGCAUAGUAAUGGCCAUGCAAAUGGACAUCAUAAUGUUCCAAGCCUCGGUUCUCCUGUGAGGGUUCGGUCAGAGACCACCCAACUAGAUCGUGAUGUACCCCUUCUACGCAAGUUACGCACUAUACAUAGCUUCGAGCUGGAGAAGCGACUAGCUUUGGAGUCCAAGCCUGAUGCUGACAAAUUUUUAGAGAACUGUGUUGAGAAAAUUCAGAAGGAUACAAACUUGAAAGACAAUCCAGUUGCCGAAGAAUCUUCACCUUCCCCCUCCUCUCGACCCCGAAAGACCAUGGUUGCUCCUACCACCGCCCACGCUGACCAUGCCUGGCAUUAUGAUGAUGAAUAUGUGCCAGAAGGUUGUAAACCAGGGUCAGCCAGCUCCCCUGAAAACUUGGAUGGUGUCGUUAGCAAUGGGUUUGUAGCUGUGAAUCUAAGCUCCUGCCGGCUGGAGGUUGAUUCUAAAGAAUGGGUCAUUGUGGACAAAGAACGGGAUUUAAAUGAUUUUGGGUCAAAUGGAAAUCUCUGUCAGAAGGUAACAGGAAGUCCAUCAGAAGAGGAGCCAGAGGUGCUUCAAGUGCUGGAGGAAUCUCCUCUAGAUGGUCCACCAAAACUGGGCUCGUGGACAGACAAUGAUGUUCAUAAGAAAUCUGAUGCAGGCCUAGGACUUGAUAUCAUGGUUUCAUCAGGCCCUUGUGUUGAUAGGCUGGAUCCCCUGUCAGGAGCUGCUGGACAGCUGCUUCCAGCAACACCUACAAGUCCAAUGGAAGCUCAAGCUGAAGGAGCUAACACUCCGCUUGGUGCUUCUCACAUUCCGCUUACCUCUACCUCAAGACCUCCUAGCAAUGUUAUGCGCAUCGCGAGUCCCUUAACAUCCCAUUCAAGCCGUUCAGAGUCUCCACACAAGAAAGAGAUUGGCCUCCCCAAGAGUCAAUCAGCUGAGAGCUACUCUUCCUCCUCCCGUUCAGCCGGCCGCAGGAAGCUGCCUAUAACUCCCAAUAAUGGCGCCAAGUACCCUACUGUAAUUCGAAUAUCAAAGUCCCAGAUGACAAUUCCUCGGCCUUCUAUUACAUCCACACAGUCUGCAUCAGAGAGCUUCCAGUGUGGGACAAAUUUAGAAAAGCAAUUUCGGCAAUCCCAUGUCUUGGAGAUGUUGUCGUCACCAGAGAAUCCACCAGGAUAUAGGGCAUCAGAAGAUGCUAUUGCAACUUGUACAAGCAAAGCAAAUCUUGCUCUAGAUUUAGAUCAAAGUACCCAGGAGAAGGCUUGUGCGACAUCCAUAUUCUCAGGCAGUACAAACUUGGUUAAUGAAUGUGACCAAAUGCUAAUUGAGAAAAGGUACGUGGAGACUCCAGUACAAUCGUACUCCAACUCUCUGCUUGGUUUCCUUGAGGGCAAAAUGGACCAGAACAAAGGGCUCCUUCCACGUGGGCUUUCUCCUGAGCAAUGUAAAUAUUCUGAAGGCAUGAUGCCUGAUAUUUAUCACCCCAUUGAGAACAGUAGGGUCCACUCUGUGCCAAAUGAACCCUAUGAUGAUCAAGCAACAAAGACCGAAGCAGGUACAGAUCCACAAAAGGUUGAUUAUAUGGCAGUGCCUGUAGUGAGUUCUCUUGAAGAAUCUCAGCAAAACGGUUUUCACGAAGAGAAGAAAAUAAUUACUGCUAAUGGCUUUCCUGUCCAUCAGGCAAACAUGUCCAUGUUACUUGAGCAAGAAUGUAAUAAAGAUAAAAGUCAUCAACAGAAUGGGGAGCAAUUUGACCUAAGUAAUGGCUUUCACCAGUAUAAAAAGGAUCUUACAAAGUCUUCUAUUUCCACCAGACACAGUAGGAUUCCUGUAUUGGCCCAGGAGGUUGACUCUGCAUCAGAAUCGUCUUCUCCCAUCUCUGCAAAAGAAAAACUACUCUUGAAAAAAGCUCAUCAGAUAGAUCUUGCCAGGCUCUUGGUGGAAAAGCGACAAGUGAAGUCAUUUCUUGGUGACUUCUCAAGUGCCUCUGACAAGUCUGUGGAAGAAAAGACCUCACCACCAGCUGUACGUCUGUCAGAGGAAGAAGUUUUAUUCAUUCCUAGAACAGUUUCCGAUUCUAAUGUCAGACAGUCUGAUGAUGAAACUGUGACAUCUCACGCCCCUCAGUCCAGAAAAAGCAAGAUUCCUCGUCCUGUUUCUUGGACAUGUAAUGAGCAGAUCAGCAGUGCACCUUCAACUCCAUUCCUUCCUAGGCCACCACCUGGAAAACCGCCGACACGAGCCGGAGUGGAGACAAGAAUACGCCGGUACAAGGUUUUGGGGAGUGGCAACUCUGACUCGGACCUUCUGUCCCGUCUUGCACAGAUUAUUCAGAAUGGAUCUCAAAAGCCACGUGGCUCCUCCCAAUCCAAAAGCCCCGGUUCUCCUCACAGCCCCAAAACACCGCCUAAGAGUCCUGUUGUUCCCAGACGUAGCCCUAGUGCAUCCCCGCGCAGCUCGUCUUUACCUAGAACAAAUAGUAGUUCUUCUUCACGAGCAGGACGACCCCACUACUACGACCCCAAAAGCUCAUCUCCCUAUGUGGGUCGCAGCAAGUCGCCACCCAGCCUAUCUGGUUCUUCUUCUUCUAGAAGGUCCUGUCAGCAGGACCAUUGCUGUAGCAAACAAAGUAAGAACAUAUCCAAGGGACCAGGAAGUGGUCACCACUCUGCAGGCAAUAAAACCAGCCGUGGAAAGCCGCCUGUGCGGGAGGGAAAACUAUCCAGUAAACUGAGCAGAUAGUAACCAGGCUUUGCCUCCUCUGCAGCAGUGAUUUAUCCAUCCUCUGUAUUGCAUGUUGUGUAUGUCAUUGUAUAUUUCAGAUGAAAAUCCAAAUCAGUGUUGAUCUUUCUGUUCAAAGUAGACUUGAAAACCCUGAGUUAUGUCUUUGUAAUGAAGAGGGAAGGCUAAGUGACUCAAGAUCUCUUGUGGUCUUUGGCUAUGUGAGCGCAAGUAGUCGAGAGGUUUUGGAGUACCAACCCAGGUCACUGGUAGACAGUCUGCACUGUGCGUUCAGCAGAGGCAGCAUUUCAUUUGAUCAUGCAGAAACUCAAAAGGAAUUCUAACAUUCGUAAACAUUGCAAAUAGCACAACAUGGAAAUGCAGCAGUAAAUUCUGAAAAACAAAAGUUUUAAUUUGUAAACACAAGCAGAGUUAAAGGUCCUUUUAUCAUAGAUGUUUAAACUAUGCCUGAAUUGCCAUAGAUGGUCUAGUUCUGAUCAAGAGGUUACACAGCUGUACACGGCUCUUGUUUCUCAUCUGGACAGAAGUUGUGUGUAGCUUGACUUACCCCUGGGGGUGAUUCCGAGUUGUUCGCUCGCAAGCUGCUUUUAGCAGCAUUGCACACGCUAAGCCGCCGCCUACUGGGAGUGAAUCUUAGCUUAUCAAAAUUGCGAACGAAAGGUUCUCAAAAUUGCGAAUAGAAAUUUCUUUCUAGUUUCUGAGUAGCUCGAGACUUACUCUUCCAGUGCGAUCAGUUCAGUGCUUGUCGUUCCUGGUUUGACGUCACAAACACACCCAGCGUUCGCCCAGACAUUCCUCCGUUUCUCCAGCCACUCCCGCUUUUUCCCCAGAAACGGUAGCGUUUUUUCACACACUCCCAUAAAACGGCCAGUUUCCGCCCAGAAACACCCACUUCCUGUCAAUCACAUUACGAUCACCAGAACGAAGAAAAAACCUCGUAAUGCCGUGAGUAAAAUUCCUAACUGCAUAGCAAAUUUACUUGGCGCAGUCACAGUGCAAACAUUGCGCAUGCGCUAUUAGCGGAAAAUCGCUGCGAUGCGAAGAAAAUUACCGAGCGAACAUCUCGGAAUGACCACCCCUAUUCCUAAAGCAUGUGAUCACUUGUAUCUAGAUGCCAAUUAACACAGUGGGUUUUUUUUUCUCCUCAUCCAUAGAGGUACUUAGCAAAGAAGCUUGUCAAGCUCUGGGGUAUUUACUGAAAUGUGCUAGUGAUCAUGAAUAGUGUAACCCAAAGCGACUGAUUACCUUCAGAUUUUCUAGUGCUAGUCAGGAAAGGAAAUCAAACCUCUGUUUGCACUUGUUGCGCCAUGUUGUCAGAUUAGUCCCAGUGAGAGAGUCCGUCAUCAAUGUCUAGUGUCUGUGCCAGGUAGCAUUGCCCACUGUCUGUAUUAUUUUAUGCAUUAUUUUGUGUGUUUUUUUAAAGGCACAAUCUGUAGUUUAUUUACUAACACAGUGUAAUUGUCCAUUAAUCCACUGCAGCUCAUUGGUCACAAUACCAAUGAAAGCGGAUUAUUUACUGGGGGUUAUUGCAGAUUUGCACCUAGAGUUUGUUACUAAAUACCUUAUUUUGCAGUGGUACUUUUAAGCAUUCCUCAUUUUGACGCUGUAAUUGUGCAGAAUCUUUUAAAAGCAUUUUGUAUCUUUUGGCUUUUAAGCAUAUUGACAUUAGAUGAAGAUGACUACUGGUAACCAUUGUGGUAGCUAUGGGAACACAUUUUUGUUUGACCAGCAGUGUCUUUAUGUUCAAAAUUUCAGCAUCAUUGUUGCAGGCUAUAAGCAGCAGCUUGGUAAUAACCUUGUUCCCUUCAUUUGUGCCUUUAGACUGCUAUUAAUGACUACACUUAACGUGUUUCAGUGUCUUGGGCGUCCAUGGCACACCUAAUUUUCUGUUGUCGCUGUGACAGAGUGGGUGAUUUAUCAAAGUUUGAGAAGAGAUAAAGUGGAGGGCGACAUAGUACCAAUCAGCUACAUCUACUGUCAUUUAACAGGAUAUGUCGGAAAAAUGACAGGAGCUAAUUGGUUGGUACUUAGUCCCUUUUAAAGCUUUGAUAAACCUCACACAGAGUGUGUGUUUUGUCUGCUCAGGGCACUGUGACAUAUUCUUACCUUUGCCCCCCCCCCCCCCCCCCCCGCACAUCAUAAUAUGAUCAUAUGAUGACUUAUGAUCCAUAAUUGUUUUCCUUCCAGAGAGGCAUUGAAAAGGAGAUAAUGAUCUCUAGAAGGAUAGUUAAGAAGAAUUGCUAUCCAAAUUAAAGGUACUUAACCUUUUAAAGAAAAAUGACUUUUACAGUAUGUAAGAAGGCUGCUUUAAUGUUACCGCUGCUUAAAAGUACACUUAAGACCUAUAACACGUAAAAACUUACAAUGAUUUAUUUGUAAAUGCCCAUGUUUUAACACAUCCCCUGCUUAACCACUAGAUGUAUAAAAGUAUGGUACAAUGUAUACCAUCAUAUAUAACCCACUUUAUAAUACCACCCUUUUAUUGCAUUCUGUUUAUUGCAUUAUUUUAUUUUUUAUUUCUGUUAUAAGAGAUAGUACUAUACCAUUUUCAUUUACUAUGCAUAGGGACCAUGUAGUAAGGUUUACUGAUGGAAUUCAAGUAUUUGUUUCCUCUUACAGUCCAGUAAGAGCUAUAAUUUCUAGUCCAGUGUUUUUUAUAGUUUCAAUGUGGUCGUCAAAGUUCAUUUAUACUGCAGGAUUAUCUCUUUGGGUUAAGGUAAUUAGUUCGACACAACUUAGGUCGACCACUGAAGGUCAACAAUGCCAUUAGGUCGACAUAUACUAGUUCGACAGGUCAAAAGGUCGACAUGCGUUUUUCAAAUUUUUUUCUUCAUUUUUUUUGGAUUUUUUCAUACUUAACGAUCCAUGUGGACUACGAUUGGAACAGUAAUCUGUGCUGAGCGAAGCGAGGCACUUUGCCCGAAGCAUGGCGAGCGAAGCGAACCUCAUGUCGACCUUUUGACCUGUCAACCUAGUACAUGUCGACCUAACGCCCAUGUCGACCUAAUGCACGUCGACCUUCAGUGGUCGACCUAAUGAGUGUCGCCCUAAGGUGGGUCGACCCACCGACCCAUACCCAUCUCUUUAAACUUAAAUAUUCCUUUCUUUAGCCAAGUUACAGUAGUUUGUUUUUAGAAUGUUUUUGCAUAACUUUUUGACCUGUGAAAUCAAGUAUAUACAUCUGUCGUUACCUAGAAAACGUAGAGGAAUGACAUUCCAACUUCUGGUACCUUGGAAAGCACCAAUUGAAGCUACAGUAGCCUAGAGUUUGCAGUAAAUGCAACUAGGUGGAGUAUAAAACUGUGAAGUUAUUGCCCAAAAGCCUGAGCUGGCUCUGGACACCGUAAGAAAGGAUGGAUAAUUUCAUUAUGCACUACAGAGCAGAUACCUUACAGUUAUGAUUGCUUUUUCCUACAUUUUCCACAGAGCGGGCAAGACGUUUUAUCUCGGUACUCGUAUACAUUGACGUGCAUGAAAUUCUGACAUUAGGACUAUAUAAAGUUGUCUGCCCCAUGCAUUGCAACAUUCCUUGUGGCUGUUUGCUUUAUAGAGUUCCUUCUCCUUGGCCCAAAUGUAAUAGGCUGCAGGCAGUGGCAUGAUUGUGUUGUUUUUUAGCUUCUAGAAUCUAGAUUUAAAGUGGCAAUUAUUUAAAAGGCAAAACCAACCUGGUUCUACCUUUUAUAUUAUUGGCUCUUUAAAUCUCUUAGUUAAAUUGCAAUAAUCAUGCUCUCAGGCCAUUACAUGUGUUUAUCUGCUGUAGCCGCAAGCUUUUAACCUCUGCUGUGCUGGAGGAACAUUACAGUUGUUAACAAUGGUGACUGAAAUGUGUGGGGUUUUAUAGCUAUCCUAACCUGAACAAGCUGCAACCUUAUUCCUCAUCCUAUUUGUUUGUAUUAUAUUGUACAGUAGUUUCUGUCCCUAUAAUUGCAUGUCCUAAUAGUAAAUUAUAUCAUAUAUAAAUAUUUAUAAAUAUAUAUAUAAAAUAUAUAUACAUCUAAAGACAUAUCACAUACUACUACAUGUGUAGACUGCAGACAAUAAUGCCUUCUUUUUAUUUGUUUAUGUGCCUGAAAAUGUUUUGGCCUUUCAUCUUCAUGUAUGUGCAAAUACUUUUCCAGCAUGGCAAGUUUUCUAUCUAAUAUUGCCUCUAAAGGGUUCUAGCGUCUACAUCGCACAUAUAUAGGGUUGGCAAGGUAUAAUUCAUCCAGAUUUGUUAAUAUGUAAAUGGUUUGUUAUUAUUUUUCUACAUUUUUAUUUAAUGGUAUUUAUAGGUUAUUUAAAUGUUUCCUGAAUAGUAUGUCCUCUGUCACAGUUUUCUUAAGGGAAUUCUUAUAUGUUGAAAUUAAAACUGUUUUAUGUAAAAUGUUUGCCCACCUUUAAAUGUAUUUUACCUCUUAUUUCACCCCCCCACUUUUAGAGAAAGUGCCUUAUUUCAAUAUUGGUGGCAAGCCAGGCUCAAUUUAUCAUAGCAUACAGUAGUUACCGAUGUUGUGGCACACCCCUCUGGGAGACCCUGAAGGGGUGGUCCCAGGGCCAUCCGUUGUCAUGAAUUGUCAUACCAGCCUCUCCCCACGGCAGUAUGUGGUAUUGGAGGUGGAGCCAUCAUGACAUCAUUCUCAGUGAAUUGCAUCAUCACAGCCCGAACCCAUUCGCUGCAGUAGUGGGAGGGAGUGUCCUGGAAAUUGUGAAGAAAAGGGCAGUAUUGUUUAGCAGAGCUCCAGUUCUGCAUUUUGGCCAGAUCUUACCUGUAAGCUCUUUUGCUUAGUUGUAAUAGACUUUGAAAGAUGUUCUUCUCUGUGCUCCGGGAUCUAUAUGAGCAUAGUCUGUAGUGUAAUACCUCCUUAGACCAGGUGGGGUUGUUCUUCAGCCGGGGUGCAGAGUGUGGGGAGAGCAGCUUAGUGCGCCACAUCUUGUGGGCUGAGCCGAGUGCUGGCUGCCACUUUGAGCAGGUAAUAAAUGAGGGUAUAGAAGGAGAAGAUAUUGCCUCCAGGCUAUGGGGGUUGAAGUUCCGCCACGGCAUAUAAGGGGUAAUUAAGCUCUGAUCGCUGCUGUGUGUUUUCGCACAGCGGGGGAUCAGGUACUACAUGCGCAUGCAUAUGCACCGCAAUGCGCACGUGCGUCGGACAACAACAAAUGGCAUCGCUGGUCAGUGGCGGAAUGGUGCGAAAAAUCCGUUGGCACGGGCUUUCGCAAGGUGAUUGACAAAAGGAAGCCGUUUGUGGGUGGUAACUAACCGUUUACUGGGAGUGUUUGGAAAAACGCAGGCGUACUCAAGCAUUUUCAGGGAGGGUGUCUGACAUCAGCUCCGGUCCCGAUCAGCCUGUUCUCAUCACACUGGAGGAGCAAGUCCUGGGCUGCACGCAGACUGCACACACUGAAUUUUAGCAGCUCAUCUUACACAUAGCAUCACACACUUGCAUGGCGAAUAGACACUCCCCUUGUAGGCGGCGACUAUCUGAAUGCAGGACAACGAUCAGAUCUGAAUUACCCCCCUAGUAUGUUACCAUCAGCAGAAAUGUUAGUGGAAGCUAGUGCCUGGGAGCGACUGUAAACCUAAGACUAAGGAGCAGUGAGGAAUGUCCAGCCAUUGCUGAUUAAUGUUUAUUAACGAAGUAUGUUUGUCACUAAUAUUAUAAUAACAUUUUCACUAAGGAGGGGGUGCAAUGAAGGACAAACUAAACGUGUUACUAAGCCAAUCCAUGUAUCUGUUAUAUUAGAAAUGUAUAACUUUGUUGCAACAACUCGACAAAUGUUUCCAUCAUGGAGGAGAGUUCUCCCCGGUAAUAUCAGUUCAUGAAAAAGGUUCAAUUAGUUUUCCUAACAAUAUAACGGUUACUAUGAUUUUUAUAUUAUUGCUUUAAACCUAAAUAAGUUUGCAUUUUUGAAAGCUGCUUCCUAAUGUUACUGAGAUAACUUGAAAUUAGUCUUUCUGGUGGUUCCAUCUCUUGGUACAUCAGAAGUGAAAAUGCAGAUUAGAAUUAGAUUAUAUUAAAUAUAACCAUAGUGAUUUAAAACAAUAGUAUUUGUUAAUUAUACAGGCGCUACUUGAAAGAUGGAUACCACCUGUUAUUCCAGGGAGUGUUUAGUUAUUUUGAGUGGGAGUGGCAAGCUGGCGCUUUUGAAGAGCCCCCUUUUCCUCCUCUUCUCUUCCCCCUUCCACUCUUCCCCGUCUAAUUGGAGGAGGAGCUCGCCCACGGUGUAAAGGAGCCGUUCUACAAUAACAGGAGGGAGCACAGUCUGGUUUGGUAGUGCCCAAAUGCAUUGCAUUUUUUUAAAUAAUGUAAUGUACAACUCAAUGAAAAAUGUAUUCGCACACAUGUCACAAUUAGACCUUUUUUUUAAAAUAAAACAUAACAUCUUCUACAUAAAGUAUUUUAAUUUCCUGAAUAUAAUAUAAAUAUGUAGAUAAAAUGUGUGCUUGGGACAAGGUAUAAUGUGAUAAUGUUCUCUUAACUUUCAGACCCAAUUUUUCUCAAUCCAUUCUUUUUUUCUUAACAGCUUGUUUCUUUUAAGCUGCUGUCUGGUGCCGAUGCAUGUUCUUCAGACAGUGUGAAACUUUAUAUUUUGUAUUUAUCUGUUUUUAUGUUUAUCUUCUUUUUUUGUACACAAGGAUUAUUUAGGGUACUUUAAACCCCUUUUCCGUGCAACAUUUGUCAAUAUGUUGUUUAACCGUCCAGCAAUGGAAAAGAUGCACUUUUUUUUUUAAUGCAACACAAUAGAUUGCAAACUGUGAUAGAUGACAAAGUUUUGUACUUGCUGCUGUAUUAUAUUUAUUUUGUUCAUUUGGUAAUUUUAGCUGUUGUGCAGCAAUUUGAACUUGUAAUGUAUCGCUUUGCAUGUAACCCAAAUGUACAAUGUCUUGCAAUUCAUUACAAGCAAGAAGACAGAGGGGAUGAGAUUCCACUGUCGGACAUACAUUUUAUAUGUAAUAAAAGAAUCAAGCUUGUCCUCACUUAAUUCCAUAUGAGAUUAUGUCAUUUGAAGCUUGUAAACAAGUGUUUACAUUCCGGCACUAGGGAAACGCUGUGCUAUUUAUUCAGGUACAUGUUUCUUUUGAUUCUUUUUUUUUUUUUCCCCCUCCAUAACACGUAAAUAUGAAAUAAAGAAAAAAGAAAAACUCAAAGAAA